UUGGGAUGUUAGCCGACGCCGCCGACAGGGUUGCGAUACUUAAUUUAUCAUCAUUCCUCCCCGCCGUCGCCCUCCAGUCUUCCAUUGGACUUCCACCAUGCGCUUCCUCUGCCUGCAUGGCCAAGGCACCAGCAGUGAUGUUCUCAAGACGCAGCUCGCAUCACUGCGCAACCAUCUCGACCAGCGCGCCCGGCACGAGUACGACUUCGUCGACGGCGCGGUGCUCUGGCCGCCGGCGCGCGGGAUUCGCGAGGUCUUCGGCGACGAGGUGGAGAGUUUCUCGUACUUCGACGAGGGCGCCGACAGCAUCCGGGCGGCGGUGGUCGAUCUGGCGGCGAACGUCGAGGCCCAAGGGCCGUUUGACGGGGUGAUCGGCUUCUCGCAGGGGGCUGUCCUGGCGGCGACGCUGAUCCUGGCGCAGCAGACACACGGAUCCAGCCUCGGACUCAGGCGGAAUGCCAGUCCGUCCGCUCCACCGGACCCGCCCUUCCGAUGCGCGGUUUUCCUCUGCGGCGGCCUGCCAUUCGACUGGGCGGCCCUGGAGAGGGGAACUGUGGAGCUGAUCCGUCCUUUUUCUUCGUCGUCCUCGUCGUCCGGUGGUUCUUCCUCGGGUGCGCGCCCGGCCGAGUGUCCGCCCGUGAUGGACCUGCCCGUGGUCAACUGCUGGGCCGACCACGACGACGACUAUCCGGGCAUGGGUCCGCCCUUGUCGCAGCUGUGUGCGUCGGACAAGAAUCGACCGGUUGUGCACACGGUUGGCCAUGCGGUGCCGGCGGAGGGUAAGGAGUUGAUGGCGUUGGUGGAGGCCGUUCAAGCGACGUUGGACGACGUGGGAAAUUAA